AUGAAUCCAUCAAUUCCUGAAGAAAUAGUCAUUCAAAUAUUCACAUGGCUUCCUGUCAAAUCACUAAUGCGUUUCAAGUGCGUUACUAAAUUCUUUAAUUCUCUUGUUUCUGAAUCAUAUUUUACGGAUACCCACACAUCUCACUCUAUGAUCCGUCAGGGUGGAACAAAAUACUUCUUGGGUGGAAGGGGAUUUUAUUGCACAGCUGAUCAGCAAAAGGAAGACGGAAAAACCUCUGCUUCCAACCUUGUUCAAAUUCGGAGUUUUGAUGAAUUCCCCUUCUAUAUCCCUGUAGGUUCUGAUGUCAGUUGUGUUAACGGUUUAUUUUGCAUUCAGAAACCUGCUGCAAUUUUAAACCCCAGUACAGGAGAAGUAAGAUAUCUCCCCAAACUAAAUGAUGAUCGGUCUCUCCUUUACUAUUGGUUAGGUUUUGAGCCAGAAGAAAACAAGUAUAAAAUUCUUUUGACACAAGAUGGUAGCGGAUUGUACAUAAAACAGUGUGUUUUCACAUUAGGCGUAGACAAAUCAUGGAGAAAGACUCAAAGGAUUCCCAGAUCUGUUAUGUACAAGCCCGGGGUUUGCAUCAAUGGAGUUAUCUAUAGGUUUGUUUACCAUGGAGAAACACUUGCUAUAGAUGCAUUUGAUCUUAAAACAGAAAGUUUCAAACUUAUUGUAUUGAAGAAUUCAUCUAAGUGGUGGUAUUACGAGUUGAUAGAGGUGAAGGGCCACAUUGUUGAACGUGAGGCGAAUUCAACGUCAGGGAUAUCAGUGAGUAAUGAACGCAAGCUGAAAUUUUCGGAGUUGAAAACGAAAAGGAACCACAGAUAUAUAGUGUUCAAGAUUGAUAAUUCAAUGCAUCAAGUUGUGGUUGAGAAAGUUGGGAGACAUGGUGAGACUCGUGAAGAUUUCUCUGUUUAUCAAUGGACUCUGUUUCUCAUUCUCUAA